AUGGCGCUGCUCGCUCGCACCGCUCGCAAUGCUCUCCUCGAGUCGAGGUCGAUAAUACAGCCCACGAUUUUCCGCGCAGGAGUAACAACAAUAUCGCACAACCUCGACACAUCAAAUACACCAGAGCCGCUUAUCCAAUCCGGCCACCGCAUAUCACAGGAAGCCAAGGAGCGCUCGAAAACCCCUCAACCUCUGCCAGCAAAUGCCUCUAAACCUGCUACCUCUGAAAAUAUCAAAGCGUCGCCACAUGCUCGAUCAGACAUUGUCUCAACGACACUCACACCCUCCAUCCGAACACUCCUCCCGCUCCUGCAAAUGCAACCAGCACACUAUAUAACCGCACAUCUCCACGGAAGACCCUAUCUCCUAACUCGUGGCGACACCCUUCGUCUUCCUUUCCAAAUGCCGAACGUCCGCCCUGGUGAUAUCCUGCGUCUUAACCGCGCCACACACAUUGGUUCACGAGACUACACAUUAAAAGCGCCAGAGGCCGUCAAGGGGACCUCGGACCACGGGAAAAAAGUGUACUAUUUGGAUGAACGGUUAUUCACUUGCAGAGCGCGCGUUGUCGGCGUCGAGAGCGAGCCAUUGCGGGUUGAGGAAAAGACCAAGAGGCGGCGGAGACAUGUCAAGCAUGUAAAGAGCAAAUUGCACUUUACAGUGCUGAAGGUUAGUGAGUUGGAGGUUAAGAGUCUGGAGGAGUAUGAGGCAGCGUUGGCGCAAGAGGGCGGAGAACAGAGUGUACAAUAG